UGGGCAGCGUGUUAUGCGAUGCCUAGUGGUUCUAGAGUCGAGAGCUCAUGUUCUGGAGGGGCUUGGAAUCCCACUAAUUAGCCCUAGUUUCGGCCCGGACGAAGAACAUGCCAUAGUCCAAGAUACGAGGUUACAUUGCACACUAUACCCGUUCGUCUAGUCUUGGCACGCAGGUGAAGACUGCCGGUUGCCCGUUUUGAAUCCGCAUACGUAUCCACUCGACUAUCAGGUAAGCCCACGAAGGGCGAUCCCGGCCAAAUACUGGGAAUUUCGGCAUAUGGGGCAUUUGUGCGAGCCUCGGGGGCGUUGUCUCAGCGCAGGUGAUUGAGAAGCCGGCCAACAGCCUUUUCAUUGAUUUGCAUAUAUAAGCGGCGUAAGACCCAGGGACAAGAAAGCUCGAGACGUGCUGUGCCGUGCCGAUUACUACAAGCUUCGUAUCCGUUCGCAAUGCAGCUCUACAAGUUCUUCGCUCUGUUGGCAACGCUGCAGCCAGCGCUGUCCAAGAGUCUUCUUGACUUCUCUGCUGCUCGCGGUGAUAACCCCUCUAUGCUGGGGAUUCGCAAUCUUGAAGCAGAGCGUGGCAACAGACCCAAGGACAAUAGCAAAGAUCUCUACAUCAAAUUGGACAACGACAAGAAUGGCACCCCUGCAUUGCACUUUCAUCGCAAGAAGGACUAUAUUCGUACCGAGUACCAUUCUCUGAAGGACCAAAUCAAAGUUGAUCAGACCUAUUACAUUGGCUACAAGUUCUCUCUUGGAGCUAUUGAGCAGAGCAUGAUGAUUUGGCAAUUCAAGGAGUACGCCGCCAACAACAAGGGCGGUGCAAACAUCCCUCUCUCAUUGGAGUUCAAGAGUGGGAAGUUGAACUUCCAGUACCAGGCCUCCGGCACUGCCAAGCGUGAGUCUCAGUGGUCCAAGGCCCUGAAGACAGACACCGUUUACUCCAUUGGAAUUGUGAUUAAUACCGCCAGACCCGGAUGGGUUGAGCUCUACUUUAAUGGUGAACAGCAGAAGUUCAACUCUGGAAACACCAGGCUGAACGCGAAUACAUUCCCUGGCCGUGCAGAGCCCAAAUUCGGUGCUUAUCGUGGCGAGGCUGUCGAGAUCGAUACUUAUGUCUACAACGUCCAGGUUGGAACUGCCCUUAAUGACAUCAAGGAGGCUGCUGGGCUGGACGGAUCUUCUAAGCCCACAGACCCUACGGAUCCUACGGACCCUACGGACCCUACUUGCGAAUGGGAGGGUCAUUGCGAAGGUCCGUCUAUUUCUGAUGGAACCAAUGCUCUGCCACACGCUAAUUUAGAUAAUAUAGGUGCCACAUGCUCUACUCAUAAUGACUGCUCUGACCCAUUCGCCUGUGUGAACGGCAAAUGUGCUGUUGAUCCUGGGUCUGUGCCUUGUGAAUGGGAGGGCCACUGUGCUGGGGCUCAAUGUAGCUCCCACGAUGACUGCUCUGACCCCUUUUCUUGCCAGAAUGGAGUCUGUGCUUGAAUAGCGAUGGUGGUUUAUUGAGAUGAAUCUGUUCAUCCGUCAUGAGACAGAUCCAGAACUAGUGACUAACAUCCCGCCCGCUCGAUGGCACUUGGCAAGUAGGAAAAUUAUACUUGAUUAAUAGAUUUCGUUAAUCGAAUUUUCUGUGUUACAUCUGCUCUAGACCACUAGGUAACCAGAUGUUUUUUAAGCUAAAA